AUGCAAUCUAAUUCGCAUCAUCGUCAACAGCUAAAAAAUAAACAACCUCACAUUUCAAAACAACCUCAUCACCAUCAACAACCAACACCUCUCAUUCCUGACUUCGUAUCUCAAGACGGUAGCAACGACAACAAUAAUGAUAGAAAUCCAAAUUUAUUAUUGAGAAAAAGUAAAUCAAUAAAAGUAAAUAGGGAUAAUCGUGGCGGAAAUAGAUCAAGGACAAAUAAUCUUAUUAAUAAUUCUCAUCAUCGUAAAUCAAAAUCUUUAACCGGCCUACUUGAAUCAUUAAAUGAUUAUAAUACCAAGGAUAAUAAUCGUAAUAACAAUUACAAUAGCAAAUUGUCAUCUUCACCGCCUUCCAAAAAUCCGGAGGCUCUUUUCAUACGUGCUUCUUCUUCAGAUGGUGAUUCGAGCCCAUUAGCCACAAUAAAAUCUAAUUUAUUGAGUAAUCAAAAUUCAUCAAACGAUUCCUCUGAUUCAUCAUCUACUGACAAUUAUGAUUCUUCAGAUGAAGAACAAAAACAUGAUAAUCUCCUUAAUAAUAAUAAUAGCAAUAACGAAGUAGAAGAAGAAGAUGAUGAUAGCGAUAUAGAAAGUCCGUUUGUGGCUACAAGAACUUUAAUGAGAAAUCCCAAAUCUCCAACUGUAAAAAUUCAAAAUGAUUAUUUGUCACGUGAAAAUAGAAAUGACUAUAGAAAUAAUAAUAGUAAUAGUAAACGCAAUGACCAACAAAUAGAUAAUAAUGGUGGCCGAGAUUGUUUCUCCGAUGAUAAUAACAAUGGAAGGUUAUACCCUGAUCUUAAUAUUGAUUCGAUUAGAAGAAGAAAAAAAAGAGGAGAAGAUCAUUUAAGGUUACGAGAAUGUUUUUCAGAUGAUAAUGGGAGAACUUCAUCUAGAUAUAGAGAUAAUCGUUUAAAGUUGAAUAAAUUAAGCCAUUUGGAAGGUGAUAAUCGGAGAAUUAAAGAAAAAAACAUUGAACAACAACAACAUGACAACCAUCGAAGAAAGCCAAUCAAGUCUCGUAGCAAUGAAAAGGAUCAAGGACAUGAUAAAAUUACCUUAACGAAAGAUAAAGAACAUCAUCAAUCACAAAGACCGCAAACUACAAAAAUUCAGAAUGAAGAAAAAAGUCAUGAUAAAUCAAAAAUUGGAGAUGAACAUACAAGAAAAAAAUCUAAAGAACGAUCUAAAUCUAGAAAUAGAGAGAAAAAAUCUCUUAUUGAUAAUAUAUUUACGCGUCGCGAAAAGACAAAACUUAUUGAAUCAUCAUCUACUGUAAAAGAAUCUUCAAAAACUGGUGAUAUUAAGUUAACAAAUGAGACUACUGCAUUGGGCGUUCUUACUAAAUUUCGAAGUGAAAAUACAAUCACAAACGCAGAUGCAUGGACAUUAUUUGAAAUCAAUAACGAAUAUGGACUAGAACGUCCAUUCAGAGAUUGGGAAUGUGUUGCAAGAGUAAUCCAGUAUUGGGAAGUCGAGAAAUCCAAUGCAUUAGUUAUAAAGAAAUAUGCCCAUAGAAAUACAUUGUCAUUAAAGGGAUUUACUGAAUCAAGCUCUCCAACGAAACAGGGUUGGUUAAAUUUAGAAGGUAAAAAAGGUAAAUGGCAAAAAAGGUAUUUCAAUAUUAGAGAUGGUUCUAUAUAUCACAGUAAAGAUUUAAAGGGAACAAAUGAAACAUUCCUUUGUGCAUUGACAAGUUUUGAUGUGUACACAACAUUACCAAAGUUUAAUACAAAAGCUCCUACAAAAUUCAUAUUUGUCAUAAAGUCUCAGGAUAAAAUUACAAUGUUUGAAAACCCUGAAGAUGAUUAUAUGCAUGUAUUAUGUGCAAAUAAUUUGGAAGAAAUGCAAGAAUGGAUUUUACGUAUAAGAACUUCAAGGAAUUAUCUUAUGCGUGAAGAAAGUCCUGCAACGUUUUCUGGAAUAAAUGAAAAAAAGAUUAAACCAACGAUUAAUCUUGUUGAAGACUACAACAAAAUAUUGUCACCAUUAUCUCCAUCAUUAUUAUCAUUAUCAUCUCCAUCUGGCAUAGGAGCGAAUGAUGGAAUUAAGAAAAAAAAGUCAUUUACUAUAUUAAAAACGGUAACAGAUGAUAUGUCAAGACCAUUUGCUAGUGGAUCAUUGUUAGAUUAUAACGAAAAAAACCCACCAUUGAAACAAACAGAACCUGAAAAUAAGUCGUUCUUCAAAGGAUCUUUAUUGGCCACAAGUGAUUCAUUGUUUGAACAGGCCAAAGAAAGAGAAAAGGUCCGGCGUGUAGUCGGAGGAAGUGGUUAUGUAAAAGAUGCAAUUUCUGGUACCACUUUGGUUAAUAUUGGUGAUUCUUUACAUUUCCAAAAAGGCUCUUUAUUGAGUGGUAGAAAACAUGAUAAUCCUGAGAAUACUGUCUCAUCACCAUCAACAACAAAUUUACAAGGAGGGCACCAUUAUAUUCAACUUGAAGAAAAUAAUUUUAAUUUGUGCCAGAAUUGGUAUAAAAAAUUCCCAACUUGUGUAACUUUAAUUCAUGAAAGGGCCGUCUGGGCUUUUACAACAUCAGGUUCAGAAGAACAACUUAUAAACGGCAACUUAUUUUACCUUGAACCAGAACGGACUGCCUUUUCUCUUGAUGUUAAACCCGUGAAAUAUCCUGAGAAAUGUAAAUUAGUACAGUUACAUUUGAACAUGAGACAUGGAGCGAGAUAUCCAGCCCCAAAUGAUAUUAAUGCCUAUGAAAAAUUGGAAAAAGCAUUUGCUAAUGUUCCUAUUGCAAAAGAAUGGUAUAAAAAUGUUUUCCCGAUGAGGAAAAAUUUUCAAUUGAUCAAACGAGGAGAAAUCGAAUCGUUUUUUGAUGGUAAGCAGUCUCGUCAAAGAUACCCAGAAUUUUGGAGAGUCAAAUACGAUCCCGAAGUUGUAAAAUUUCAAAGUGCCGGUACUUCAAGAGCUGGUGCAUCGGCAAUGGCCUUUUCCGAAGGAUUAUUUAAUGGCAAAGGCUCUUUAGACACUUGUAAAAGUCAACCUGUAUACAUUUCGUCUGUACCAGUGGAGCAAGAUGAGAUUUUGACACCAUUCUUUGAUACCUGCUCACGAUGGAAUGAGACCGUUUUUAAAAACAAUCCAUUACGAGAUGAACAACUUUAUUCCUAUGGCAACAAGACUCUAGCACAAAUUGCAAAACGUCUUUCUGAUGAACAUGGUCUUAGUCCGCCUCUUGAUCCACAUUUAUUGCCAUAUAUGUUUACUAAUUGCCAGUAUUGGGUUGUUCAUUUUAAUCGAACUGACACAUGGUGUUCAUUACUAAGCCGUAAAGAACUUCUAUUAUUACGAUAUUAUUGGGAUAUUUGGGGAUAUUAUACAGUACAAUAUGGACAUCCUCUUAAUAAGCGAAUAGCCUGUCGCUAUAUUACUCAACUUGUAAAUGGAGUUGAUGAUUAUAUAAGUGGGAAGUCUCUUAUGAUAGCUGAUUUGAAGUUUGCUCAUGGAUAUAUUUUACUUACAACAUUUACUUUACUGGGAGUAUUUAAAGAAAAUCACCCACUCACAGCAGAUUUAACCUUUGAACAAAUUAAAAAAGUCAGGUAUACAGAAUAUGCAACUUUACACUGGACUUCUACACUUUAUUGGGAAGUAUAUUCUUGUUCAGGUGAUCACAAGGAUAAUGUAAAGAUACGAGCAGUAUUGAACUUUAAACCACUUGUGAUUCCAGGUUGUGGAAGUGAGUAUUGUGACUGGAACAAAUUUAAAGAACUUUUUAGUGAUCAGAUUGGGUGCGAUUUUAAGAAGAUGUGCACUUAUCCUUAA